CAUACACACACAGACCACGAGGCUCCCGCAUCUAGCUAACGCUAGCUAGCACCGGCAUACGCCAGCUCUCUGCAGAACUAUAAAUACGCUAACAAACAAACAAACAGCUAAUCAGCAUAGAAACAACACAGACAUAUAAACAACAAACAGCAGACAUCUGUCUCCAUAAGGACUCUCGCCGUGCAAGGACAGGACAGGACGGGACGGUGAGAUGGACCUGAAGGCGCCGGUGUCGGUUCUGGCCCUGUGGCCGGUUCUGUUUCUCUCGGUGCUAGGCCCGGUCGGUGGCAACAGGCUGGACGUGGACUAUGGAGGCAUGCCUCUCUGGGUCAACCGGCUACUCGGGGAACCCAGCGUACUCAGCCUCAAGGGUCGCAUGGACCCGAGUUGGUUCCGCGCGGUGAAUAGCGAGGUCUGUCCUGCGGAGUGUGAGUGUCCUAUCCAGUGGCCGACUGCCCUGUACUGUGACCACAGAGACCUGCUGGAGAUGCCCUCCGCCGGGCUGCCCGAACGCACACAGUACCUCUUCCUACAGGGUAACCACCUGACGGGGUUCGGGCCGGACGCCUUUGCCAACGUGACGCGUCUGCGCUGGCUCUUCCUGGACCGGAACCAGCUGCUGAGCAGCGGGCUGCAGGACGGGCUGCUGUCCAACCUGACCCGGCUCGUACACCUCUUCAUGAACCACAACAACCUCACCCAGGUGCCCAGGGGCUUACCUGGCAGCAUCAGGCAGCUGCGACUGUCCUAUAACCACAUCGAGAAGAUCCCUGCCGGAUCCUUCCAGAACCUGAAGAACCUCACACUCCUGCUGCUCCAGGGGAACCGGAUCAAGACCGUCGGGGAGGCCGACUUCCGAGGCCUGUCCUUCCUAAACCUACUGGACCUGAGUGGCAACCUGUUCUCCGCAUUCCCCCAGCACAUCCCUCCCUCCGUCUCCCAGCUCUACCUCUCCAACAACUCCCUGACGGCCUUAGAGGGGUCCGCGCUGCACAACCUCCCCAGGCUCAAGUUCCUCCGGCUCAGCCGCAACCGCCUCGUAGACGAGGGCUUGGACCCUGGAGCUUUCAACCACAGCACCCUGAUGGAACUGGACCUGUCCUACAACCGGCUAACCCAGAUCCCCGUGGUGCCUACCACUCUGCAGUACCUGUACCUGGAGGCCAACCAGAUCGCAGUGUUCAACGUGUCCAGUCUGUGUCGCGAGGUCAGCCCCACUUCCUACUCCCGCAUGCGCAUCCUGCGGUUGGACGGAAAUAAGCUCCUCCCACACCAGCUGCCUCCUGAUUGGGUCAUGUGUUUACGGGUGCUGCAUCACAUCUAUGUCUAAAACACACACACACACACACACACACACACACACACACACACACACACACACACACACACACACACACACACACACACACACACACACACACAAACACGUUCAGUACACACACAUACACACACACAUGGAUACUCCAUC